AUGGUAAAAUUCGUAUCCUUCCUGCUAGCGUGCAAGAAAAGGAUAACAUCUGUGAACAUUUUAGAGGGAGCCUUAUCAUACUACGUGGUGAGCAGACUCAGUAACCUCUUCUUUUCCCAAGCGGGCACAAAUUAUGAAGUGGAAAUUUGCUCAUGUGAUGAGUUAAGUGUGAGCAAUUUGUUUCACUCGAAGGUUAUUCAUUUCGGGGGGGUACAUUCUGAUGAGGACCUGACGAAAUUUCUCCGGACAGUUGUGCUGCAGGAAGGGCAAGAAAAUUCGUCCGCCAAUUUAGAGGAGGAUACACCCCAGGAGGAACAUCCCCAUUUAUGCAAAAAUAGCGGACGCACAAGUCAAAAGUGCAACCAGUGGAAUGUCUUCAUUUUGAAAAUUUUAUUUCUCCUGCAUACGAAUGGGAGGGGCAGGGAGAAGAAGUAUUUUGGCGAACUCGCCUCGUAUGUCAUAUCACUCUUCCAUCGCGAAAAUGGAGUUAUCAAAAGGAAGGACAAACUGUUUUUCCUGUUUUUGUUUUUUCUCCUAUUCACAAAGAGGGACCCAUGGAAGGGCAGAAGACGCCACAUAGGGGGGCGUUAUUCCCAGUUCGCCACAAAGGCAGAUAGAAGAAAAAAGAAAAAAAAAAUCCCCAACGAAUGCAAAGCUUUUUAUGAGCAACUGAGGAGAAGACGAUGUGACAGACUGAGACUCCGAGCUGCACACAAGUUUCUGCGCAGUGGUCUAUGCCACGUACAUCUCAUCCAAGAGGAUGCCAAUGCACAGUUCCACGCAGGAGGGGAAAAAAAAAGAGUUUUAAUUUUGUGCAAAAAGUCGCUCCGUUACCUCAGCCAGGUGUGUGCAAAUUGGAAAAGUUGGAAAAAUUGCGGGAGCGGUGCUAAUGGGCAGAACAGGUUAGGUGAAUUUACGGGGGAGAAAAAAAACCUCUCGGCCAAGGAAAAACACGAACGGUUAAGGAAUGCACCCCUGUGGAAACUGCUGCAUAGAAUGAACCACAGAAAGGCGUGCAGUUGGGGAUCUGCUACGGGAAGGAGAAAGCGCGCCAAGUUGGGCACCCCAAUGGAGGGAUGCAUGGAGGAAGGAAAGCCUAACGAAGAUGGACAGAGGCACGUACAUCUAUACAAUCUGCCCCCCGUCAAGACAUAG